AUGGGAGCAGCUGAAAUGCUGAAAACUCAGUAUUCCAACGUUUUCGCGGCACCGCAGGUUGAAGGUCUACAGCUACCUAUUCGGUUGCGUAAUCCUAAAUAUCUUUCGCUAACCAACGCAACAUUUACUGCUGAAAACGGCAAAGCAAAACAAAUGGCUCUGCGAAAAAAUGCAACCCCAGGUAUGGACAGUAUACACCAAAAAUCCCUGAUCUUGUUAGCAAAUCACAUACCCGAACCGCUAGUCACUUUGUUCCAGCGAAUGGUCGAUGAAGCAACUCCCGGAAUCGUGGAAACAAGGCAUGAGUUCGCCGAAUUUUCUUACAGGAGCUCUACAAUUACAGCAUCCGAGAUCUCGUGUUUCACUGGCUUAGAGCAUUCCUCCAACAACGGACCAUAUCAGUUCGUGUUUCUGAUUUCAUAUCCGGAUCUAUCAAUGCCAACCGCGGUGUUCCACAAGGGUCCGUACUUGGUCCCCGUCUAUUUCUCGCAUUCAUAA